CCAGCUGUGCACGCUCUCUCUUGUUACCAGCAAAUCAACAAAAUCAACAAACUUUUAGACCUCGCUACUUCCGCCAACCAUUUCUUCGCCGGCACUUCCCCCUCAACAUCUCCGGCGAUGUCACGUUAUCUAUCAAAUAGGGGUGGAACUCAAGCACAAAAGGUUCGUUUCGAUGAAGAAGCGAUUCCCGACGAGGACGAAGUAGGCGGGACUUUGAAAUUGAGGCCCUCCGAUAGCAACAUCACGGAAGAUCAAGAGCCUUUUAUGGGAGUUAAAGUCCGUAGAAAAGCUUCUAUUCAUAGAGAUUAUAUCGGUGAUUAUGUUGAUGUGCGUUCUCGACCUUAUCUCAUGAAGAUUCUCGAAAAGCAAGGUGACAAAAAGGUUCUGUUUGCUGAUACAGUUCUGAAGUUUACAAGCACAGGGAAGAUGAAGCGGCGCAUUCUCCUUGUAACUGAUUUCGCCAUUUACAUUGUAGACCCAGAAAAAGGUGCACUUAAACGGCGGAUUGCCCUGGCAGCUGUUGAGAAGCUCUGUUUGAGUGAAUUAAGUGAUAAUUUCCUUGCAAUUAUCAUUCCGACUGAGUACGAUCUGCUCAUGGCCAGUACUCGGAAGACAGAAAUAGUAACAAUCUUAGUAGAUGCUACCAAGAGUCAAUCUGACUAUGAACUCGAUGUUCUCUUCUCUAAUAGGUUUGAGUACAAUGCAACUUCUGAGCUUGUUAAAGAAGUUCAAUUUGAGCAAGUUGAAGCUGGUGUCAAAACAAGAAUCUCACGCAAAUGAACUACCCUUAGCGUGUAAUGGUCUAAGAAUGCAAACUACUCACUACCAUGCCUGCAAACAUGUCUUGCUAUUUGAAAGGGGGAGCCGGUAUUGCACUUCAUCAAACAAAUAACGGGGUGGGGAGCCAGGUGUAUCAUUCCAUGUAGAAAUGUGAUCAAUAUUUACUUAUCAAAGAACAAAAAAGGAAAAAGCGACGGAAUGUAUUAUGAUUCUCCUCAUAUGAGCUUGUUUCGUCAUAUUAGCUAUCCCUGUCUAUGUUUGUUUAUAUAGCUUGUUGCUCUCCUCCUCCUUAUCUGGCUGUGUUGUGUAAUAUUGUACAUUAUCCAAUUUAUAAAAUUGAGAUUGUUUGGUGUCUGA